UCAAGAAAUCAGACAGAGAGGGAGAGGACUGAAGUCAUCCUCGAUUUAUAUUCAACUGGUCUCUCUCUUCAUCUCUCUCUCACCCUCGUCACCCUCUCUCUCUCUCUCUGUUUCACCCUCCUCACCCUCUCUCUCUCUCUCUCUGUCGGACUCAGAUUAUCUCCAUCAUCCUGCCGCUGAGAUGUCGACUCCAGACGCAGGUACUCCCGGGGCCUCGGAGGGUGAGGGGGGCCCUGCUGCGGCCCCAAACCUCACCAGCAACAGACGACUGCAGCAGACACAAGCACAGGUUGACGAGGUGGUGGACAUCAUGCGCGUGAAUGUGGACAAAGUCCUGGAGAGAGACCAGAAGCUGUCGGAGCUGGACGACCGGGCCGAUGCCCUGCAGGCCGGAGCCUCGCAGUUCGAGAGCAGCGCCGCCAAACUCAAGAACAAGUACUGGUGGAAAAACUGCAAGAUGAUGAUCAUCAUGGCGAUUGUAGGUCUAAUAUUUUGUGGAGCCAUCUUCUUGUAUUUCUUCUACUGAGCUGGUCUUCAGGGACAGACACACGAGUCGAGGGACGAGUCUGCAUCGACGCCACCGAGCCUAAAUCCAGCUUCUCCUCCUGCUCUUCAUCCUCCUCUUCCUCAGACACCUCCACACUUGGUCUGUAAUGAGCUCCGGUGCCUCCUCUUCUUCUUCUUCUCUGCUCCUCAAGGGACACGUCUCUCCAGGCAGGAAUCCUGAGUGGAUGUAAUAUUUGAGUUUUUGUACCAGAUGGGUUUAACGCAUCAGGACAGUUUAAAUUAUGGGUUAAUUUAAGUUAAGUAAACCAAACAGACUUCUUCUUCCUGGUUCUUGCUGUAUUGUACUGUGUAAAAAAAAAGAAAAGAACAAGUCACAUUAAAUGUAGGCCAAGUUAUAGGGACAGGAAGUGAUCUGUGACCUCUUUUAUUGGCGUCCACUGACCACCAGUACAAUCUGGAGACCCGCCUCCUUAAAGGGAUGGUUCAGAUGUUUUGAAGUGGGGUCGUAUGAGGUACUUCUCCAUAGUCAGUGUAGUACUUUACCUA